AUGGCGAAAGCAGAGCCCGUCACCGUGGGUUACAUGGCUUUGACCGAGGCUGAGUUCAACGAGGCCAGGUGGUGUGAUGAGUUCGAUGACCCACAUCCGAGGCAGUGGCUCUUGAGCCAUACCCCUAUCAAAGCCAUUGCUGCAACUCGUAAGCACCACGUUCGGCAGCUGGGCGUGACGUUGUCACAUGGCACCCCUCCAGGCCCAAAAGCACUCCUCAAGCGCCAUGAAAGCGGCUCCCAAGUAUUCACUGUGAUGUGCGAGCCGAACUACAUGCUGCUAUGGGUGCGAACCAGCACGAAUAUUGCAGCUUUAGUGGCAGAAGGCAAGUUGACGGUCACCAAGGAUGGUGGCUUUGUCUUGCAGCGCUCUUUCGACCCCUUCCACAUGGACUUCGAAGAGGGUUGGACUGCGGACUGGCUGCCUAUGACAUUUCUUCCAUACAAGCUGGCAGAUUCUUCCAAGUGCUUUCUCUUCGCCUCGGAUCAGCCCAAGGGAAGCCCGAGUGGCUUUGUGUACUACCUGAGCAUCCCUGACGUCAUCCAGACCAUGAUGGAUUGCGGCGUGAGCAUGGACAGGGAGAUGGUGCUUCGCAAUUUGCUGGACAGCGACGUGACUGCUGACUUGGCACUCCUUCUCAAGAAGAACCAUUGGUCAGCUGAUGUGACGGCGCCGUUGACCGCUGUGAUCGUGAAAGAUCGCGCGGCUGUUCCAAUGUUUGCUUCUUCGGUUGUCGCUCAGACCUUGGCCUUCUUCGCCUUCAGCCAGCAUGCCAUCCAACAGCAAGAAAAUAAAAGUGUCUCCUUGCUUUUGCUGACGCUCAGGACAGAUUCAUUGCUUGGUGGAGCAGCUCCUUUCACGAACCCUUUGGGCAGCUUCUGGCUAGCUGAUGUGUCAACCUUGCUUUCCCUCCUCAAGGAUGGCAAGGCAGCUUUGGAAGUAGAGCCGUUUCACAUGAGCGUCAACAAUACCCAAUCGAAGAGGCUCUCACAUUCAGAUGUUCGUGCUGAAACGAAAGCUUUUGGCAUGCAGAAGCGCAAAGCAAUGCUGGAGGAAUGUGUCUCCUUUUUGACACUGGACUUGGAGAGGAAGAAGACCCAGUUGAAGAAGAUCGAGCAGAAGAUGGAGGAGCAAGCAGCUGCAGAGGCUAACGAGACAACUUCAGGACCACCUCCUGCUGAGAGCUGA